AAACUAGCGCUCCGGCCUUCCCAAACUGAAUCAAGCAGCGAGGCAGCGGCAGCAAGCCCCUCCCUCCGCCACUCCUGUCAACCAUGGCCAACGGCAGCAGGCUCGGCGGCGGCGCCGCCGGGGGGUUCUGCAGAGGCUUCUGCGGGCUCGUCUUCGUCGUCGGCUUCAUCGUGCUCCUCUACUGGGCCAUCUUCCAGCCCCACCACAUCCGCGCCACCGUCGAGACCGCCACCCUCUCCAACCUCACCGUCUCCAACGCCUCCGCCGCCGCCGCCGGCGUCUCCUACCACCUCGCCGUCAGCCUCGGCCUCUACAACCCCAGUGUCCGCGUCAACAUCUACUACGACGCCAUCUCCGCCGAGCUCCGAUUCCGCAGCGCCGUCAUCGGCCCGGCCGCCAACGACACCUCCCCGUCCGUGUUCUACCAGCUCGCCAGGACCAGCGACGACGUGCAGCUGGAGUUCGACUACGGGAGGCCGGGCGGCGUCGGCGUCGGCGGCGACGUCGCCGGGGAGCUGGAGAAGGAGGUGAAGAGCGGGGGGCCGGUGAGGUUGGAGCUGCACGUGGACGUGCGCGUGAGGUACAAGUUCAGGAUGUUCAAGCUGCGGCAGAAGCCGAGGAUAUGGUGCUCGCUGAGCAUUCCGGUCAAGGCGGAGGGCCGGCGCCGCGGCGUCGGUGGCUCCGUUGCCUCCGGCGACCGGUGCAGGGUCAAGUACUGAUGAAUGUUGGUACUUUUGUGCUUAAUUUCUUGCUUGGAGAGGUGAGCUAUUCUCAAUUCAAUUCGUGCAAAGAUAGUCGUUAAUGCUGUUCGUUAUCUUAACUCUGGUAUUGUUUGUGAAUUGACAUUUGACAAUAAGAUUCGUAAAAAUAUGAGGUACCUCUUCAACAUCA